AUGAAUAUUGUUGCUAACGGGGAAAACGAGUCACCAGAUGAGGAGAAAGACUACGCGGACAUAGCUUUGGGUGAGAGAGGUAGCUUGGCUCGAGUAGGUGAAAUGAAGAUAAAUGCUAACCAUGGUGCUGCCACCAGUAGGUCCCAAGGUUCGGGUGUCGUGCAGGUGCAUCAGCAGCAGCCGACACAGGGCUCUGUGGUUUGUUGGGAGAGAUUCCUUCAUGUGAGGUCCAUUCGGGUCUUGCUGGUUGAGAAUGAUGACUCUACACGCCACGUUGUCACAGCUCUGCUGAGAAACUGCAAUUAUGAAGUGGUAGAUGCAGCUAAUGGACUGCAAGCAUGGAAGAUUUUAGAAGAUUUAAACAACCAUAUCGACAUUGUCUUGACAGAGGUGGUAAUGCCUUGUUUCUCAGGGAUAGGCCUUCUAUGUAAGAUUAUGAGCCACAAAACUCGCAAGACUAUUCCUGUAAUUAUGAUGUCAUCUCAUGAUUCAAUGGGUUUAGUGUUUAAAUGUCUCUCUAAAGGUGCAGUGGACUUUUUGCUCAAACCUAUAAGGAAGAACGAGCUUAAGAAUCUGUGGCAGCAUGUAUGGAGGAGGUGCCAAAGUUCCAGUGGAAGUGGGAGUGAAAGUGGUACACAAACUCAAAAAUCUGUGAAAUCGAAAGGUACUGAUAUAUUAGGCAACAGUGCAAGUGAUGAUGGGGAAAAUAAUGAAAGCAACGGAUUAAAUGCUGGAGAUGGAAGUGAUGACGGUAGCGGGGCACAGAGUUCUUGGACAAAACGAGCUGUAGAAGUUGACAGCUCUCAAUCUUUAUCACCAAUCGAUAAUGUAGCACAGUGCCCAGACAGUACGUGCGCCCAAGUUAUUCACUCAAAUGCCGAGCAUUCUGACUGCAACAGGGUGCAACUUCGUGUAGCAAGGGAAGGCCACGGGCAACAGCUUCCUGAUGCUGGCAAUGAGUUGGAUAUCGUGCCUAAAUCAGAAAAUCCUGGGGAGGGACAAGCGAACCCGACUGGCAGAGAAUCUGAGUCUACUAGAGAAGUCGCUAACAAAUUGGACACCAAUAGUAAUGCCAAUGCAACUGAUGAUUGUAAAGAACCAAACGUGGAGCUUAGUUUAAAGAGGCUUAGGGGAGUUCAGGAAACCGGUGGAUCAGUCCAAGAUGAGCAGCGCUAUGUCUUGCGACGAUCCGAGCAAUCCGCCUUCUCGAGGUAUAACACAUCCAUAAGUAAUUCAAAGUCUCCCAUUGCAAUCACCGGCAGCAGUUCCGUGCUCGACAAUAGUAAUGGAGCAGCAGCCGCAAAACGAGAGUACGUAGGCGAAAUGCAAAUACUCUCGACUGACCAUAUCAUGUAUCAAAACUCGAACGGAAUUAUUGGCAAUAACAUCGACAUGGGGUCCACCACCUUUCGACUUCCACCCAACACCCAUCACCAAGAUUUUCACAAUCCUCACCAUCAUUUUCAGAACAUGGAUAAUAAUCAUCAACCCUUGUCCAAUCACGAAGAGCCAUCUGUGAAGCAGUUAGCACUAGAUGGGCCAGUCGAUGUCAAUAAUAAUAAUACGGUGAACUGUAGUCUCAACAGAAGUGGUUCGGGAAGUAAUCACGGUAGUAAUGGACAGAAUGGGAGCUGCACUGCAAUUAAUAAUGCCGUGGGAAAUAAUGGAGAAAGUGAUGCCGGGCAAGCCGGGAAAAGCGGUAGUGGUGGGGAUGCUAGCGGGACCGGAAGUGGAAAUAAAGCAGACGAGAUCAGAUUCACACAGCGGGAGGCUGCCUUGUUGAAGUUCCGGCAGAAGAGGAAGGAGAGAUGCUUUAAGAAGAAGGUAAGAUAUCAGACCAGAAAGAAAUUAGCUGAACAGAGGCCUCGCGUACGAGGACAGUUUGUAAAGCAACCGGGGACCGACAGUUCAAACAGAAGUGGAGAUGAAUAA